AACUACCUUCUGGAUAAGAGAGAAAAAAGACAGACUGAAAAACCGAUUGCAAGAAAAGAAGGAGAAAAAAUGGUGACUCUACAGCUACUUCACAAGCCAUCUCUGCAUACUCUCUUCUCCAUUUCCUCACCACAACACUACCAGCAGCAGCCAUCUCCUCUACCUUUUCAUCACCGGCUCUGUAAUGUCCCCAGAGCUUCAGCAUCCUCCUCGCAGAAGGGUCCUUCUACCAGUCGCAGGCAGUUGAUUGCUGAGACAGCAGCAGCAGCAGCAGCGGUAACAGCAUCUGGUUUUUUGAUUGGUGGUGGAAAUAAGGCAUUUGCAGCAGCUGAAGAAGGCCUUUCGGAAUGGGAGAGAGUUUACUUGCCAAUCGACCCUGGUGUGGUUCUUUUGGACAUUGCUUUCGUCCCUAAUGACCCCUCUCACGGUUUCCUACUGGGGACUAGACAAACUAUUUUGGAGACAAAAGAUGGAGGAAACACAUGGGCACCACGUUCCAUACCCUCUGCUGAGGAGGAGGAUUUCAACUACAGAUUUAACUCCAUCAGCUUCAAAGGCAACGAAGGUUGGAUUGUUGGAAAACCAGCUAUCCUGUUGUACACUUCAGAUGCUGGAGAAAACUGGAAAAGAAUUCCAUUGAGUUCUCAACUACCUGGCGAUAUUGUAUACAUAAAAGCAACAGGAGAAAAGAGUGCAGAAAUGGUAACUGACGAAGGUGCAAUCUAUGUAACAUCAAACGGAGGGUACAAUUGGCGUGCUGCUGUACAGGAGACUGUUUCAGCUACUCUUAAUAGAACAGUAUCCAGUGGUAUUAGUGGUGCAAGCUACUAUACAGGCACGUUUAGUACGGUGAAUCGCUCCCCAGAAGGAAAUUAUGUUGCUGUUUCAAGCCGUGGCAACUUCUACUUGACUUGGCAACCAGGGCAGCCAUAUUGGCAGCCACAUAACAGGAAUAUUGCCAGAAGAAUACAAAGCAUGGGUUGGAGAGCAGAUGGUGGACUAUGGCUUCUGGUCCGUGGUGGGGGACUUUAUCUCAGCAAGGGUACAGGGAUAACUGAGGAGUUUGACGAAAUUCCAGUGCAGAGUCGUGGUUUUGGUAUUCUUGAUGUUGGGUACCGCUCUCAGGAUGAAGCCUGGGCUGCUGGUGGUAGUGGGAUUCUGUUGAAGACCACCAACAGUGGGAAGACAUGGGUUCGAGACAAAACAGCUGACAACAUUGCCGCCAAUCUGUAUUCAGUAAAGUUUAUUAAUGACAAACAGGGUUUCGUCUUAGGAAAUGAUGGAGUCUUGCUAAAGUAUCUCGGCUAAUUCAACCUCCUGAACACGCAAAAUGGAUGAUUGAAGCAUGUGCAGAUUGCCUUGCAGGAAUUUUAAAUGCUUGCUUUUCUGCAAUGCGGAAGUGGGGUUGAGGCUGGGUAUCUCCACAAGUGACUGCAAAAGUACAUACUUCAAAUUCAUUGAUAUGUAUUUGUGAUUUCAAAGAAACGCUUAUCAUAUGGCACUACAUUUUUGUCCUUUGAGUUUUACCUGCAAAAGAAGAGUCCUCAUUAUGCUGAAGGUUCUUUUUCCUUCUCCUGAUCAAGAGUUUAGACGUAGGGUAAUAUAGCUUGCUAUCCAGAUGAACCAACAGCCUCUUUCUUUGUAGAAAUUGAUCCAAGAUAUUGUGCACCAUGUUCCCAAAAAAGGUUAUCUGAUUAAAGCUUAGAGCUCA